ACGGCUGCCAUCUUUUGGUGGUAAACAGCAGAGAGAGAGAGCGAGAGGAGAACCGAGCGUUUUCACAGCGGCAUUUUGAAUGAAUUUUAUACAGUACCAGGGCUGGCAAAAUGUGCAAAAUGAAGUUAACAGGGCACAUAAGAUAGAAUGUAGCACCCUGACUCCACUAGUUUCGCCUAACGGCAUCUUUUCUUAGGUUUUGUCUUAAUUUUUGGCUUCGAGUUUCGGCUUGAACCAAGUUCUGUCGGUAUUUGGUAGUUGUACUUUGUCUCACAAGUCGUCAUGCCAAAUACUAAGGGAGCCAGUUUACUGGCUGACCCGAUGACAAGAAAGUCUGCAACUGUGUGUCGUCUGAGGCAGCACCUUCGCCGAAAAAGGGAAUCUUUAGCAGACCAUUUUGACUUCAAGAUGUAUCUUUCCUUCGUCUUCAGGGACAAGAAGAAAAGCUGUGCACUGUUUGAAGUUUCAGAUGUUAUCCCUGUCAUGACAAAUAAUUACAAAGAUAGCAUCAUGAAAGGUGUUAAGGAGGAAGCCUACUCUCUGGAGAGCUCCCAGGAGUUGCUAGAGAAGGACGUUGUCCAGCUUCAUGCUCCACACUACCGCCCAAUGAGAAAGGACAUCAUUGGCUGUAACCAGGCAGUGGAUUUUUUUCUGUGGCCUCGCAAGGACAUUGACAAGAUUGUGUGUCACCUGUUUUCACGCUGGAAGGAGGACACUGAUGCAGCCUAUCGUCCAGUCCAGGUUGAGUUUGAGUUUGAUCACAUGGACUAUGAAAAGCAGCUCCUUCACUUGCUUGCGCGCCGUGACUCCACUGGGCUGAUUAUCAACAACCCCUCUCAGUCCAUGUUCCUGUUUGUAGACAGGCAUAACCUCAAGACUCCUCAGAAUAAGGCAGUCUUCUUCAAGCUGUCAAGCCUCUGUCUUCAUGUUCAACAGGAUCAGCUGAUGCACUGGGGACCGGGAAGCAUUGACCUUGUGCUUGAUCAAUAUAUGCCUCCAAUGAACUGAAGACUGGAAUGCCUACAAAGGACAAAAUGGACUUGGACUUAAUUGAAACACGUGCAUCAAAGGGGCUGAAACGGAAUGGAUUAGCAAAAUGAUCAAUGGAAUGGACACGGACUGAAUUUAUUAAAUACAGAAUGACAUUCUUUUUACAAGGGAUACUGAAAUCCUGUGUUGGGAUACCACAGCACUAUCAUUUUAUUAAUUGUCACUAGGUAGGAGCAUAUUGAUUUGGUCUACUCUGUUGUUUUCUUAACUGUUCAAAUAGCUUGAUGUGAUCUGGUGUCUAGGAUCAAUGUUACUAUUGUUUCUUGGAAACGUUGUUUUUAAAUCUUUGUCCUUAUUAAGGGCAUGCAAUUAAGACCCGUCUCAAUCUAAAUUUGUUACAUGUUAUGGCCUUUCGCUCGCUAGAAGAACACGAAGGUGGAAAACAAACAUUUCCCAAUAAAACUCAUAUUAGAACAUGUUAAUGUUCUUUGAA